GCAAAAUUUAGCGGCGUCUUUGUGGAGAAGCGUUGUGUAAACACGUGGGUUUGAUCUCACGAGAUCGUACCAGUAUCCUAGUGUGGUGUUGUUAUUGCUCUCGACGGUGAUAAGGAUACAUCAGCAGCAAUGCAUCUGCAGACAGCCGAGAGCACCGGCCCCGGUGCCACGCUGCUCGAUAGCGAUUCCAAGCAGCACACGCAGCACAAGUCGUCUGCACUACCUUUCGGACAGCAUGUGACUCUCUCAUCCAUCUCCGGACCGACCUACGUGACCGCGCAGACGCUGGUCCAGCAAGUCGCCUACUCGCUCUCGGAUAGACUCUUCACGUAUUCACCGGAGACUUUCGACCUAGACGUCGCAGCACAAGCGUGGCAGAAUGCAGGAGAGGAGAACGGCCAUGGCGAGGUCACGGGUCUACAAGCCAUGGAGACACGACAUGGUGCGGGCAGCAUCGCGUUGGGGUACAUGUUCAGCCCGGACUUCGAUAUCAGCAAGCGACAUAUGCCUCAAAGCAUCAUCGCGAGUGCGGCGAGUUUACCACACCUACGCCCAGCGUUGGACCAGCUGAGCUUGCUGUACGAGAUGGCGAACCCGACCGCGCUGCAAGUCGCCGCCGUCGACUACGCGGCCGAGACGAAGGCCGGUCUGGUGACGGACUACUGUUCCGCGUUGGCUUUGGCGGAGGAGCUGGGCAUGGGGUUGGUGUGCAGCAGAACUCCGUACGAGAUGCAGCAUAUGGCGCUUCUGUCCAUCCUGCUGGCGUCCGUGCAGCCGAGCAUGCACGUUUACGAUGGCAUUACCGUCGGUCGCGAGACGACGCGGGUCGUUGAUGUGCUUAAUGUGGCCAGUGUCAAGCGCACGUACGAUGCGGUGCUUGAUAGCGUGAAAGAAGACCUGCCGUCAAAGCGCCUGACGCCGGAGGGAAAGCUGGCCAAGCUUAUGUCGGCCUUCAACACUGAGCUGGGGACGGAAUAUAGGUGCUUCGAGUACCACGGCCACCCGUCAGCAACUAGCGUCAUCGUCGUCUUCGGUACGGUCGAAGCCAGCCUUUCCGCUCAAGUCGCCGAAGCACUGGCGCAGCAGGGCGUUGAGGUUGGCGUGGUCAAUGUCCGCGUGUACCGUCCUUUCGCUGAGGAAGAGUUUCUGGAGAUCCUGCCCACCACGGCCCAGCAGGUCACGGUAUUGGGUCAGGUCAAGGAACAAUCAAGCGUGUUGGACGCAAGCAUCAAAAGCAGUCUAUACGCUGACGUGCUCGCUGCGGUCAAUUUCCAAAGCUUGUCAUCCGCUAGAGAGCCGGCUGUGUACGACAUCAAAUAUGCUCGUGAGACAGUCUGGACGGUGGUGAAGAUGGAAGCCCUCCUCCGACAGCUCAGCGGCGGCAAGCCUGGCGAGGCACCUGAGCAGCAUCCGCCGAUCCAGCUGGCGAGCUCGGAGACGAAGCAGUACACUUUCUGGGAUGUGGAUGACAGUCAGAGCGGCGAUGCACCGUUCAUGCUUGGUCAGCUUUUGUCGGAUGACAGCGCGCUGAACGUUACGGUACGGAGCAGCCACGACAACCUCGUGCAAGGCGGCGCUGUACGAUCGGAUCUCCGAUGCUCGCCGAAGAGCAUUGAAGCGGCUUACAGUAUCAAGGAGGCCGACGUCGUCGUUGUUGCGGAAGAGAAGCUGCUCCACGACUUUUCGGUUUUGGACAGCUUGAAGGAGGAGGGUAUGCUCUUGCUCAAAGUACCGGGCUGGAAGGACGAAGACAUCGAGAAGAAGCUCACCACGGCGACCCGCAAAGCUAUCGCGUCGCAGAAGUUUAGUCUCUUCGUCCUCGACCCUUCCGCGAGCGCCAAGGCGAGCGAAGAUCCGUCUCUGGAGAGCUACCUCCUGCUCUUUGCAUUCUUGCAUCUCACGCAACCAGACAAGUAUGAAGGCAUGUUGAGGAAGCUGCAGAAGUCUGAUGAUGCACUUGAUGCUUUGGCGCAGGACGUUGAUGCGGCGUUGAAGAAGAUUGAAGUACCCGAAAGCUGGCUUACUUUGGAUCUCGAGGCCAACGAUGACAUUCCGCCUCCGGAAGACCUCAACAUGAACAGCUUCUCCAGCUAUGAGAAGGCCGAAGACGAACCACCAAGCUACUUGCGCAACUGGGUAGCGGCUGCCAAAGGCCUUGCUUUCCGAGAAGCGUACGGCACCAAGAACGUACUCCGUCCGGACGUCACGUCCAAGACAGCUGUUGUGCAUGUCAAGGAGCACCGCCGACUGACACCAGAGACUUAUGAUCGUAACAUCUUCCACAUCGAGUUCGACCUUGGAGACAGUGGGCUCAAGUACGAGAUCGGCGAGGCACUGGGCAUCCACGCCGAGAACGACAAAGCGGAAGUGGACGAGUUCAUCAAGUGGUACGGUCUCAAUCCCAACGACAUCGUCGAGGUGCCUUCACGAGACGACCCGAGCGUGCUCGAAAACCGAACCGUAUACCAAGCACUUAUGCAAAACGUGGACAUCUUCGGCCGCCCACCGAAACGCUUCUAUGAGGCGUUGGCGGAAUUCGCAAGCGACGACAAGGAGAAGACGGACUUACUCAUGCUCGGUACCGGCGGAAACCAGGAGGCCGUGGUCGAGUUCAAACGCCGCGCCGAGGUCGACACUGUCACCUUCGCCGACAUCCUCCUCGAAUACCCCUCUGCCCACCCCAGCUUCCACGACAUCGUCCGCCUCGUGAACCCCAUGAAACGGCGCGAAUACUCCGUCGCCUCCUCGCAAAAGGUGACACCCAACAGCAUCUCCCUCCUAAUCGUAACAGUCAACUGGGUCGACCCCAAAGGCCGCGACCGCUUCGGCCAAGCAACGCGCUACCUCAACUUCCUCCCCAUCGGCGCCCCCGUCACCGUCUCCGUCAAACCCUCCGUCAUGAAACUCCCGCCCAAAACAACCCAACCCAUUAUCAUGGCCGGUCUGGGCACGGGGCUAGCUCCCUUCCGCGCCUUCGUGCAAGAACGAGCGUGGCAGCGCGAACAAGGUAUGCCCAUCGGCGAUGUAUUCCUGUACAUGGGCUCGCGCCACCAGCGGGAAGAGUAUCUCUACGGAGAAGAAUGGGAGGCGUACCAGGACGCAGGGAUCAUCACGUUGCUUGGACGGGCGUUCUCGCGCGAUCAGCCGCAGAAGAUUUACAUCCAAGAUCGCAUGAGGCAGACGUUGACGGAUAUCCGACGCGCGUAUCUGAGGGAGGAGGGGGCGUUUUAUUUGUGUGGGCCUACGUGGCCCGUGCCGGAUGUCACGGCGGUGCUGGAGGAGGCCAUCGAGACUGAAGCCAGGGCGGAGGGGAAGAAGGCCGAGGGAGGGAAGGUCAUUGAGAAGUUGAAGGAUCAGUUGAGGUAUGUGUUGGAGGUGUAUUAGAUGAGGGUCGUAUGGAUAGAUGCGUAUCGCAUUCAGUAGGACAUACAGUUGCGCUGUCUUAAUCAGUCGAUCAAUUCUGCGUCUCUUUCGAAAUCACUGGACUCAGAGGCCGACCUCCU